ACGCUCCUACCUAGUGCUCCGUAUAUACCAUCGUUAGCGACUGCCCUUGCUUCCUUCUUUCGUCCUAGGUAUUGUCCGUAGCCCAGUCACUCUCGUUUGGCUGGAACAUUGCGAGCAAAGUGGACGGCGACCGUCCCAAAGUCGACUCGCCACCAAAACCAAACGCCGCACGAACGGUUUGGAAUUCCCAUCUUCAUCAAUUCAAUAUCUUCUUUAUCCGUACCUUUGCCUUUUGUUCCGGCAUCUUGCCGGCAAGCCUUCCUUGGGGCCAUGGAUGACGACUUCCCCUUGAGUGAUGCGGCCUACGACGACAUCUUUGCAGACCUGGACCUGGACGCUCUUCCACCACCGCUGUCCAGCGUAGCGCACCCGAACCCUGGUGUUCCUGUUCCUCAGUCGCUCCCUUCCUUGGCGCCUUUGCUGCAGCAAUAUCCGGCCCCGAAUCCGAACUCCAACUCGGACAAUUCUCAAAUUCACGGCCAGCGACAACAACACCCACACAACAUUCCUGGGCAAACCACAAACAUACUGCACUCACUCUCAAUUCAACCCCAAGCGCCUUCUCCAGCAAACGCUUACAUAACCCCGCGAACCUCAUUACCCUGUCCGCACCCGCAAGCCCGGGCCGAACCCGGCCGUCACCUCGACAACCGCCAAUCUCAAGCCGCUUAUUUGCCCCCGGCUUCUCGCGCCCUACCACCACCUCGACCGCUGCCACCGGCGCUCUCUUUUCUGCUUUCUGGAUCUUCUUCUACCCCAGACAGUAGAGGAACCAGCUUUGACAACAACGCCGACCCCGCGCUCAACACCAACCUCGCCACAGGCUCGCGCGCACCUGGUCUAUUUGUCACCCCCCAUCGCAGCGAUCGAGAACCAAAUAGUGACGACUUUCUCAACGAGCUUGCCAGUCGAGACUUUUCCAGCCCUUCGCUUCCACCCCAGACCCCGAGACAUCUUGGCGAUCUUCUCUCUCCUUCACGCAACAGUUGCAACAACACCAUGCCUUCGAGGAGGGAUGAAUCCGCCGCAGAGGGCUCUCGGCGACGAAGCCGAGGCACCUCUCACAACAUUGUCAGCUUGCCCACACUACCACCUCAGUCGUCCGGGGCUCCCAAACGGAAAAGAGAAGACGGGCUAGAAAUCAGGGCACACAAGCGAAAAGCACACGUGCUGCUAUCCAGCGACGACGAAAAAGAUCCGUUCGGGGACGACAAUUUCAUGGAUGUGGUCGACUUGGCGGAUACGGAAGAGGUGCCCGAGAGUAUGCGAGCGAAGCCUAGGCCCAAGAACGAGAUCAAGCUGAGCGCCUUCCAAUGUGUCAUUUGCAUGGAUAAUGUUACGGGCUUGACGGUUACGCAUUGUGGUCAUCUCUUUUGCUCCGAAUGUCUCCAUUCCGCCCUAACCAUUGAUCCAACCAAGCGAACAUGUCCUGUGUGUCGUCAAAAGAUUGAUAAAGCCCCGAUAGGCGGCAAGUGGACAGCGAAAGCUAAAGGCUACUAUCCACUUGAAUUGAAGUUGGUGACCAAGAAGAGCUUGGGAAAGAGGGCCGCUCAAUGACAGCCCUGUUAGCGGAUAUAACGAAGACCACUCCCACCACUUUGUCAGCCGAAGACAGCGACAGACAAAGCGGUUGUCGAUAUACAAGUAUUUGUCCGGACAUAUAAGGACUGGAGGGCUACGGAUGGCUGCAUCGUGACUUGCAUGGCAUGAUUUCGGAAGGGCAAAAGCAAAGAAGCACAGGGAUGCAGCCGAGACCCGUGGUAUUUUCAUAUGCCUGAACAAGAUCACUACACAUAUAUGAGUGGUGAUAGGAGUUGAGGCGGCACCGGCUCAGAGCGUGGAUGACUUGGAUGACAAUAGAGCAUCCAACUGCCUGCUUGUGGACCAGGCCCAACUUUCGACAGACCAGUGAAAGGCGCCCAUCUAUGACAUACCACGACGAUCCUGGAGCACUAGCUAUCGAGACUCGAGAGACCGAAAGCCGAUGGCCCGGCCCAGCCCAGCCCAGCCGCUAGUUUAUUUACAUGCUGAGACGUUGCUACCCACUUCGCUAUUCCUGGAUACAGCUCGGACAGAAGAAGAGUUUUCUCCUAUUCUAGGGGAAGGAAUAACACAUUGCUUGGCGUUUGGCAAGAAGGUAUCACCCUUGUGUCGUUAGCCAGUCACCAGCGAAACGCCAGCGAACCGAUGGAGAAACGUGGUUGGUGGCCAGGCAGCAGCAGAAAGCGAGCCAAGUGGUUACAAAGGACCUAAGAAGGUGUCUUUUUUUUUUUCCUCCCCAUCUCGUCGGUUUGGUUGGUCUCUCGGAUGGAAAUAGCUAAACGAGGACAUGAUGGCAUCAAUUGCAUGGGCAAGGGAAUGGAUGGAUGGAAGGAAGGGCAUUACUUACGGCGUUAUAGAUGACGAUGACGAGGAAGAUGAGACUUCCAAAUCUCGUGUUGUGUGAUAGAUACCCCCACCUUUUUGUGUUUUUAUUCGACUGUGUAUAGGGGAGUUUUUCUGUUUGGUACAUAUCCGUAUGGCAUACUAGGCUUUGUUUGGCCUGUCUCUUUAGCGUCUACUUAGAGUGAGGAUGAUGAUGAUGAUGAUUAGCAUAAGCAUAAAACAAUACGAGGCGUGUCAAAUUUGAUGAGUUGGGUUAUCAAGAG